CAACUCAGCGGCCAGGAGACGGGGACGUUAAAUACGGCCAUAUCGCUAAGUUAACCAGCGCCUUGGGACGGUCAACCCCCAGAGUUUCUCAUCUUCUCGAGUCGCCAUGGAAGCAGCUUCAUGCAUCAGCAGCGAAGGGCAGCCCAUCCAAUGCAAAGCCGCCGUGUGCCGGAAAGCCGGCGAGCCACUGGUGAUCGAGGAUGUCAUGGUAGCGCCGCCCAUGUCUCGUGAAGCUCGGAUUCGCAUCAUAUGCACCUCUCUGUGUCACAGUGACAUCACAUUCUGGAGGAUGAAGGAUGCUCCCGGAAUUUGCCCAAGAAUUCUGGGCCACGAGGCCGUGGGGAUUGUGGAGAGCGUAGGAGAAGAUGUGAGGGAAGUAGAGAAAGGAGACGUGGUGGUGCCGGUGUUCCUGCCGGAGUGCGGCGAGUGUGAGGACUGCAAGUCAAAGAAGAGCAACCUGUGCUCGACGGUGGGGUUCAGGGUGUCGCCGUGGAUGCCCAGGCAGGAGAGCAGCAGAUUCACAGACAUGAAAGGGCAGCCCAUAUAUCACUUCCUCUUUGUCUCCAGCUUCAGCCAAUACACCGUCGUCGACGUUGCCAAUCUCACCAAGAUUCAUCCAUCUCUCCCUCCCAACAGGGCUUGCCUCCUCAGCUGCGGUGUUUCUACGGGAGUAGGUGCUGCUUGGUUGACAGCGGGCGUGGAGGCAGGCUCUACGGUUGCUAUAUUUGGGCUGGGUUCCAUUGGAUUAGCUGUCGCGGAGGGGGCUAGACUUUGUGGGGCUUCGAGGAUCAUCGGGGUGGAUUUGAACCCACGAAAAUUUGAAAUUGGUAAAAAGUUUGGAGUCACUGACUUCGUCAAUUCUGCAGAAUGUGGGGACAAACCUGUUAGCCAGGUGAUCAAAGACAUGACUGGCGGAGGGGCUGAUUAUUGCUUCGAGUGCGUGGGGAUGGCAUCGUUGGUGCAAGAAGCAUAUGCUUCUUGUCGAAAGGGAUGGGGAAAAACAGUAGUGGUGGGAGUUGACAAACCAGGAUCCAAGUUAACCCUUAGUUCUGCUGAAGUCCUUCACAGUGGAAAAGUCCUCAUGGGAUCCUUAUUCGGGGGACUCAAGCCCAAGACUCAUAUUCCCAUUCUCGUUAAGCGUUAUCUCGACAAGGAGCUGCGGCUGGAUGAUUUUGUGACCCACGAGAUUGACUUCAAGGACAUAAACAGAGCUUUUGAUUUAUUGCUGGAAGGACAGUGCCUUCGAUGCGUGAUUUGGAUGAACAAAUAAAUGUGACAUCGAAUCAUCCCAUGUGAACUAAAGAAUUCUUGUCACCAAAAAAACAAAGGAAAGAAUUCGGGAUAUUACUCUUUUAUCUUCCUGUUGCAUUCAAUAAAACACCCGCUCUUGAUUGAUUGUAUUGCA